AUGAGGUUGUUGGCGAUUUUGGUUUUAUUCGUGUUGCUGAUCAGUGGGCUUGAGGCCAGGUCGAGAUUAAAGAAGGAUGAUGACUUUAUGAGGUAGGUGAAAAUGGUGAUUCAAGUGUGAAAAUCAUAGAAUUCUGUGAAAGCAUUAUGACUUUUUGACUCUUCAGAUCCCCGGGGAUGUCAAACAGAGUCCGAAGAUAUGAUACGAUACUUGUGAGUUCAUUUUUUUGUAUUAUACAUGAUGACUGCUUUGAUUUUGAUCAAUUUUUGUCUUUAUCAUAAUCGUAGCUUAAACCAUAGAACCGGUACUUGAGUGAAAAACAAAAGGACGUUGAUAGUACAACAUCUUAGAAGGGAUAUCAUUAUUUUUAGCGCCAAAAUUUCUCGGUUUAAACUGCUCACUGAACCCUAAACCGACGCCUUUUCUCCAAAUUUCAACGUCUUCUUUCGACUUUUUACAAAGUUUUUUUUCGUGAGAAACGUCUGCAGCAUAAGAUUGUGAUAACUUGCAGAUAUACGAAGAAACGCCCAUCCUCUGACCUCGUUUUAUUUCAGGGCGCUACACCCAAAAGAAUCCGGAGGAUGCUCAAGGAGAAGAUCCGUGCAUUCGGAGUCGUCUGA